UCCAACGGUCAGAACAACGUUCAUUCCGUUACUAUCAAGUAAAACAUAACGGUCACAUCUACACUCUCUUUACUACAACACACUUUCUCUCUCUUUCUCUCAUCAACCCUUGCUGAUUCAUUCUUCUUCUUCUCGCCCUCUCUCUGGUCUGAUCAAUGGAACCCGCGAAAAUUGAUUGGAAGAAUCUAGAAUGGAACUUCACUGUUGAUGAACUCUACGAACACCUCAACGCACCCAAGUUUGUUGACUUCUUGUCCCUCAAUCACAACAACAACAACAACAAUGAUGAUGAUGAAGCUUGGUUUUGCAAACCUGAUUGCAACCAUCCUAAAACAGCAGAGGAUUUUCUCAGAUCACCAAGUCCGUUCAAGGCUAGAAGUCCAUUUUAUUUAUCAGAGAAUCUUCCAAGUGGUGACCAAAAUAGAAGAGAUGGGAAGAUCAAGAGGAGGGUUCCACCCCUUUCAUCAUCUUCUCCCCAAGAUGAUAAAUUCAGAUUCAACCUAGAUAUGGAAAACCAAAACCCGAAUUUGGUUACUCCUCAAUUCAAGUCGAUGAAGUCUUUGAUCAAGUCAAGUGAAGAGAAGAAGAAGCUAGUUGAUGAGACAUUGCAGGACAAUAAUAAGGCGGUACCUUCAUUGAAAUCAACUCUUUCCGCGAAGAACUUGUUUUUGAGACGGCCUAUUUUGAAUCAAAUCACAGAAUUCUGCAAUGAAUUGAAGAGAUUGGCAUUAAGAGCUAGGGAAAGAGAAGAUGCUGAAAAUUUGAAUCCAAUAGAGAGUAAAGAAGAGGUUGUUGUGCAUGAGAAGACCCCGCCGGUUAAAGCUUUGGCAGAAAGGAAACCACUGCUUGAAAUGGGCAAGGCUGAAAGAUCGGAGGGGAUGUGUAUUAAAGGGAAGCUAAACAUAAAGAAAAGACCCGAUGAGGCAGAAAACAUGCCUAUAACUCUUGACUUGGAGAAUGUAAGACAAAAGAGGGAAAAUGGCUUACAACAAAUUCGGACAAACCCUCCUUCUCCUCAGUGCUUCUCUGCUGGACUCAUCAAAACUAACCCUUCAAAGGGUUCCAAAUCCCGGUUAAUGGAAAGAGGAAUACUUGAAGAAGUUGUGCAAAACAAGGAAGUUGCAAAGGACGGACCAGCACAAAACAGCAAAAGUGUUACUAUAAUUGAUGGAAGAGAAACAAAAGCUUUGGACAUGUUUUGGUUCUUCAAGCCUUGCACAACAAUGUCAAGCUAAAUCUCGUUGAAAUUAAUCAGGCUCAAAAGUGAUUAAUUAUAAAUUCAUUCAUUCUUUCAUUUGUUUUCUACAUUACUAUGUCUAUAAUGUAUUCAUUGAUACAAGAAUCUGAAACUGAUGAUUCAUUACACCUGUACUAUUGAACCUAAAUUUUGUCAAUAAAUUGUUACCUUCAUUUGCCUGUGACUUA